AUGCAUUCAAAGAGUUCCUUUGCCGAUGUCCCCAAGGAUCUCCUGCAGGAGAUCAAGCAGCUCGAGGAGCAGUUCACUGUCAAGCCAGAGAAGCUCAAGCAAAUCACUGACCAUUUCGUCAGCGAGCUUGACAAGGGCCUUAGCGUUGAGGGUGGCAGCAUUCCCAUGAACCCAACUUGGGUAAUGUCAUUCCCAGAUGGCUAUGAGACCGGCACCUUCUUGGCCCUGGACAUGGGUGGCACAAACCUGCGUUCCAAGUACAGAAUGCCUGAGGAGCUGAAGACUGGUGAUGCCGAUGAGCUUUGGGAGUACAUUGCCGACUGUCUGCAGCAGUUCAUCGAGACUCACCACGGCGAAGACCAGAAGAUGGAGACGCUCCCUCUAGGUUUCACCUUCUCAUACCCAGCCACUCAGAACUACAUCGAUGAGGGUAUUCUUCAGCGCUGGACCAAGGGCUUUGACAUCGACGGAGUGGAGGGGCAGAACGUGGUCCCCAUGUUCGAGGCCGCCCUGGCCCAGCGUGGCGUGCCUAUCAAGCUUACCGCGUUGAUCAACGAUACAACUGGUACCCUUAUCGCCUCGGCCUACACUGACACCAAGAUGAAGAUUGGAUGUAUCUUCGGAACGGGAUGCAAUGCAGCAUAUAUGGAGAACUGCGGUUCAAUUCCCAAGCUUGCCCACAUGAACCUGCCCCCUGACUGCCCGAUGGCUAUCAACUGUGAGUGGGGUGCAUUCGACAACGAGCACAAGGUUCUACCGAGGACCAAAUAUGAUAUCAUCAUUGAUAAGGAUUCUCCUCGGCCGGGCCAGCAGGCCUUCGAGAAGAUGAUUGCGGGUCUGUACCUCGGCGAGAUUUUCCGCCUGGUCAUGGUUGAUCUUCAUGACAAUCAUGAAGUUAGCAUCUUCCAGGGUCAAGAUAUCGCCAAGCUCCGCAAGGCCUACACGCUCGAUUCCUCCUUCCUCUCGGCCAUUGAAGAUGAUCCGUUCGAGAACUUACAGGAGACCUUCGACCUCUUCCUGGACAAGCUGAACCUCCGUCCCAACCUACCCGAGCUAGAGCUCAUUCGCCGAACUGCCGAGUUGAUUGGCACGCGAGCGGCCCGCCUGUCUGCCUGUGGUGUCGCUGCUAUCUGCAAGAAGAAGGGAUACGAGUCCGCCCAUGUUGGCGCCGACGGUUCCGUCUUCAACAAGUAUCCCCACUUCAAGGCACGCGGUGCGGUGGCCCUGCGCGAGAUCCUGGAUUGGCCGGAGAAGAAGAGCAAGAAGGAGGAAGACCCCGUGGAGAUUCUUGCCGCCGAGGAUGGAAGCGGUGUUGGUGCAGCCCUUAUUGCGGCCUUGACACUAAAGCGCGUUAAGGAGGGCAACAUGGCCGGAAUUCUGCACCCCGAGAACUUCGUCUGA